AUGAGCAAGCUCAGCAGCGACGCCUUGAAGAAGGCUAUUGGGGAUAUGUUGGAGGGGUCCCGGGACAAGAAGAGAAAGUUCGUGGAGACUGUCGAGCUCCAGAUCGGUCUGAAGGAUUAUGACACGCAAAGAGACAAGCGUUUCAGCGGGAGCGUCAGACUCCCGAACAUUCCUCGCCCGCGCAUGAAGGUGUGCGUGAUGGGAGAUGCGGUCCACUGCGAGCAGGCGAAGGAGUUGGGCCUUGAGUACAUGGACGUCGAGGCAAUGAAGAAGUUGAACAAGAACAAGAAGCUCGUCAAGAAGCUUGCGCGCAAGUACGACGCCUUCUUGGCUUCGCAGGUGCUGAUUCCUCAGAUUCCUCGUCUACUCGGACCGGGUCUGAACAAGGCUGGCAAGUUCCCCACUCUCAUCACCCACAACGACAAGCUGGAGGACAAGAUCCAGGAAAUCAAGAGUUCGAUCAAGUUCCAGCUUAAGAAGGUGCUCUGCAUGGGUGUCGCCGUUGGCAACGUUGACAUGACCGAGGAGCAACUCCGCGUCAACCUCACUCUCGCCAUCAACUUCCUCGUCUCUCUCCUCAAGAAGAACUGGAACAACGUCAAAACCCUCCACAUCAAGAGCACCAUGGGCAAGCCCCAGCAGAUCUACGGCUAA